CCAGCCUCCGGCGCCUCUACAGAGGCCGUUGCUGCCGCGCUGCAGGUCCCGCUGCAGGCCGCUGUGGUCGCGCCAGCAUGGGCUUCCCCUGGUAUAGCACCCCCUGGAAUGCUCACCUCUCCACCACCAAUACUAACCUGGACAUCCUGGUGGUGGUUUUCUACUUCCUGUUGGUCCUGGGCAUCGGACUGUGGGCUAUACUGUCAAGCAGUCGUGGGACAGUAGAAGACUUCUUCCUGGCUGGCCGAAAUCUAGCAUGGUGGCAGAUAGGUGCUUUUCUUUUUGCCUCGAAUAUUGGCACUGGCCACUUUAUGGGCCUGGCUGGAAAAGGAGCAUCUUCAGGGAUUGCUGUUGGGGCCUUUGAGUGGAAUGCUCCAUUUAUACUCUGCAUUCUUGGUUGGGUAUUUUCUCCUAUUUACAUUAAGGCUGGGGUAGUGACGACGCCCAGAUAUUUGAGGAAGAGGUUUGGUGGCUGCCGGAUCCAAUUCCUCCUUGCUAUUCUGUACCUAUUCCUCUAUAUUGUCAGUAAGAUUGCGGUGGAGAUCUGCACGGGUGCCAUGUUCAUGAAGCUGGUUUUGGGGCUGGAUGUUUACCUGGCCACUGUAGUCUUGCUGACUGUUACUGGCAUUUAUGCCAUCACAGGUGGUUUUGCAGCUGUGGUUUAUACUGAUAUCUUACAUGCCAGCGUUAUGGUUCUGGGCUCAGUCUUGUUAACGGCCUGCACCUUUUUGAAGGUAGGAGGAUACCACCAGCUACAGAAUCAGUACAUGGUUGCUGAGCCAUCCCUCAUCCGGGAAGGAAACUGGACUGCCCAAUCGAAAUGCUACAUCCCUCGCCCAGAUUCUUUCCAUAUCUUCCGAGACCCUAUCACUGGAGACCUCCCCUGGCCUGGGAUCAUCUUUGGCAUCUCCACCAUCUCCUUGUACUACUGGUGCACCGACCAGAUUUUUGUCCAGGGCUGCCUGGCAGGGAAGAACUUGUCCCACGUGAAAGGUGGCUGCCUCUUGUGUGGAUACCUGAAGCUACUGCCUAUGUUCAGCAUCGUGAUGCCAGGGAUGAUCAGUCGAGUUCUGUACACAGAUAAAGUGGCAUGUGUCGUGCCUUCAGAGUGUGAAAAGUACUGUGGUGCUAGAACUGGCUGCAGUCCCAUUGCCUACCCUGUGCUGGUGGUGGAGCUGCUGCCCAUUGGUUUUCGAGGCUUGAUGGUGUCUGCACUCUGGGCUGCUCUCAUAUCCUCCCUGACGUCUGUUUUCAAUGGUGCCAGUGCCGUGUUCACAAUGGACAUCUACACCCAGCUACGGCCUAUGGCCACUGAAAAGGAGCUCAUGCUAACAGGAAGGUUUUUUGUUAUAAUAUUACUCGCUAUCUCCAUCGCCUGGGCCCCUGCUAUACACAUGGCACACAGGGAACAAAUGUUUGAAUACAUGCAAGCUAUCAUCAGUUACCUGACACCGCCUGUUGCUGCCAUAUUCCUGCUUGCCAUAUUUUGCAAGAGAGUCACUGAGCAGGGUGCCUUCUGGGGGCUGACUGGUGGACUUCUGAUUGGCUUCUGUCGAAUGGUGUCUGAGUUUGCCUAUGGGUCCUGGAGCUGCUCAGCGAACAGCAGCUGCCCUGUGAUCAUCUGCGGUGUGCAUUACCUCUAUUUUGCUGUAAUCCUCUUCACCAUCAGUCUUUUCUUCAUUCUGGGGAUCUCCUUGUUCACAGACCCGAUUCCGGAUAAACAUCUGCACCGCCUCUGUUGGAGUUUACGAAACAGCCAAGAGGAGAGGGUAGAUCUGGAUGAAGAAAUACAAGGAAGGAAUCCAGAACCCCAGGCACAGCCAGAUGUAUUCCAGAAGGCCAAGAGCUGCCUCUGGAGGGCCUGGGAUGUGUUCUGUGGCCUGGAGCCACUGCAGAGCUCCAAACUGGCCCCAGGAGAUGUGAUGGUGCAGAAGAUGGAGUGUGGUGACAUGGAAGGGACACAGCACGGUGACACGUUGGAAGGGACAGAGCAGAGGGACACAGUGGAAGGGACAGAGCCCCAAGACAUGCCAGAGAAGCCCUGCUGGAGAAAAGUGGCCAACAUCUGCGGGUUUCUCUUGGUGUCGCUCACAGUCUUCUGCCACAUCUACUUCGGCUAGGCAGCUGACAGAGGCGUCUGGGAGCAGGCAGGCCACUGCCUCUUUCAGAUGCCCUCAUCAUCAAGGGGAAGAUGCUACUCCUACUGGGAGGGCCACAGUUGUGGGACCAAGGACCCUCAGCAUCACGCAGCACGUGCCACCAGUAGCAGGGCGUGCAGGCUGUCAGGGCAGCAAAGCCCACUAGUGAGAGCAGAGACAGCAGCUGAGCACAUCUGUCUCUGUGAGAUGAGUCAUUCUCUCCAGAUGGCUCCACUGUGCAAACCCUGACUUCCACUGACUUCUAGAUAUAUUCAGGGGUUUUGUUUACCCUUUCCUUCCUAUACCCACCUCCAUUUGCUGUGUUCUCUCCUCCUUUGUAAAGGAACAGCUGCUGGCAAAGAUGCCCCACCCCACACCAGUGGUCCCACCCACAGGGGCUGUGCUCCCUGCUGAUGACCACACAAGGCCAGCUGGCACCAGGACUGCUUUGGGUGGAAAUGUUGACUUCUGCCUGGACUGGUGGUGGGGCUGAGGCAGUUUCUGCCCAAGGACCAGGCAUUCCUACAGCUCAGCACUGUCUGGCUACACCCUGGAGGGCGGGUGGAGAGGAAACUCACCAAGCUCUUCCCAGUUCCUUCCAGUCUGCCUGCAUCACUGAGUUGGGCCCAGGGGCUGGAUUAUCUUCAGCUGGCAAGUGUAGGCCACUCCACUUGAUCUGUGUUUCUGUAGGGACUCCUUCAGCCACCCCUACUUCCUCCUCCUUCUCAGGCCAAAAUAAAUGAUUUGGGUCUUUAGAAAAA